AUUUCAGGAAAUCUAUGCCUGAUCUGGUUUCUGAAUAAAUAUUGAACACAGUGGACUGCCAGAUUCCAUAAUGGUGUUCAUUGUAUUAAAAAGUGGUGUCUGGUCACUGUUGACUGUCAUCUCUUUAAUAAUGUGUUUCAUAUCCACAACUGCUACUGAACCAAGAGCAGCCGUUAGUCCAGUUUUUAACUGUGAGCUUAAUAAUGGAACAUACAUCUGCACUGGUGCUCAGUAUCACAUGUACUGCAACACAGGAAUGCAUCAUUUCAGCUACCAGAGAUACCAAAACCAAAACCAAUACCAGUGCAUAAGUAAUGACUGUAUCUGUGUUAGUAAUAAUGACACAUGUACAUGCUACUUUAAUACUUCAUCGUGCUACUGUGAUAUAUUUAGCAAUAACAUCACUGCCCCUACAGCAGUUAGGCCAGUCUAUGAAUGUGUGCAUUAUAAUGACCUGUACAUCUGCAAUGGUGCUCAGUAUCACAUGUACUGCAACACAAGUGUACAUGAUUUCUAUUACAGUAGAUACUAUUACCAAUGUAUGAAUGGUAACUGUUACUGCAUUGGUGAUAAGGACACCUGUACGUGCUACAGCAGCACUUUGUCCACCUGCUUCUGUACAAGCAGUACCACUAUUUCUGCAGCAGUUAGUCCGGUCUUUGACUGUGUGCUUUAUAACGACACUUACAUCUGCACUGGUGCUCAGUAUCGCAUGUUUUGCAACAGGAGAAUUAAUUAUUUCAACUACCAGAGAUAUAGAAACGAAAACAAUUACCAGUCCCUUUGCAUUAGUAAUAACUGUUACUGCAUUGGUAAUAAGGACACCUGUACAUGUUACAGUAGCACUUUGUCCUCCUGCUUCUGUGAGAAUUACGGCAAUAUCAUUGCCAUUCCUGCAGCAGUUAGUCCAGUCACAUACCCUGACUGUGUGCUUUAUAAUGACAAAUACAUCUGCACUGGUGCUCAAUAUCGCAUGCACUGCAACACAAGAAUGCAUGAUUUCUUCUUCCAGAGUUAUCAGUACAAAUACCAAUACCAGUGUGUGAAUAAUAACUGUAACUGCAUUGGUAAUACGGACACCUGUACAUGCUCUAGUAGUACUUUGUCCUCCUGUUUUUGUGAGACUUAUGGCAAUAGCAUUGCUACCACUGUAGCAGUUAGUCCAGUCUAUGACUGUGUGCUUUAUAAUGACACAUCAUACAUCUGCACCGGUGCUCAGUACCAAAUGUACUGCAACACAAGAAUGCAUGAGUUUAACUACCAGAGAAAUAGAUACCAAAACCAAUAUCAGUUCCAAUGUUGGAAUAAUAACUGUAACUGCUUUGGUAAUAAGGACACCUGUACAUGUUACAGCAGCACAUUUUCCUCCUGCUUCUGCAAGACUUAUGGCAAUAUCAUUGCUCUCACUGCAGGAGUUAGUCCAGCUUAUGGCUGUGAGUUAUAUAAUGGCAUAUACAUCUGCACUGGUGUUCAAUACCGCAUGUACUGCAACACAACAGUGCAUGAUUUCUACCAUCAGAGAUAUCAGAACCAAUACCAGUAUCAAUGUGUGAGUAAUAAUUGUUACUGCAUUGGUAAUAAGGACACCUGUGCAUGCUACAGCAGCACUUUGUCCACCUGCUUCUGUGAGACCUACAGCAAUAACAUCACCAUCCCUACAGCAGUUAGUCCACUGAGAGUCUCUCAAUGUGUGCUUUUUAAUGACACAUACAUCUGCACUGGUGCUCAGUAUCGCUUGUUUUGUAACACAAGAAUGCAUGAUUUCUACUAUCAGAGUUAUAGAUACCGAAACCAAGACCAGUACCAGUGUGUGAAUAAUAACUGUUACUGCAUUGGUAAUGAGGACACUUGUACGUGCUCUAGCAGCACUUUUUCCUCCUGCUUCUGUGAGUCUUAUGGCAAUAGCAUUGCUCUCACUAAAGCAGUUAGUCCAGCUUAUGGUUGUGUGCGUUAUAAUGACACAUCAUACAUCUGCACUGGUACUCAGUAUCAAAUGUACUGCAACACAAGUGUACAUGAUUUCCAUUACGAUAGAUACCAUUACCACUGUUUAAAUAAUAACUGUAACUGCAUUGGUAAUAAGGACACUUGUGCGUGCUCUAGUAGCACAUUGUCCUCCUGUUUCUGUAAGGCAUAUGGAAAUAUCAUUGCUCUAACUACAGCAGUUAGUCCAGUCUAUGACUGUGUGCUUUAUAAUGACACAUACAUCUGCACUGGUGCUCAGUAUAAAAUGUACUGCAACACAAGUGUACAUGAUUUCCAUUACAGUAGAUACUAUUACCUAUGUACGAAUGGUAACUGUUACUGCUUUGGUAAUAAGGACACCUGUUCAUGCUCUAGUAAUACUGCAUCCUCCUGCUUCUGCACAAAUCACAGCAGUAGCAUCACUGUCCCUGCAGCAGUUAGUCCGAUAUAUGACUGUGGGGAUUAUAACGACACCUACGUAUGCACUGGUGCUCAGUUUCGCAUGUUCUGCAACACAGCAAUGCAUUUCUACUAUUGGCGAUACAGAAACCAAAACCAAUAUAAUUAUGUAUGCUGGGGUUAUAACGGUUACUGUUUUGCUAAUAAGGACACCUGUAGAUGCUACGGCAGCACUUUAUCCUCCUGCUUCUGUGAGCCUAACAUCUCCAUCCCAACCACAAUCAGUCCAACUACUGCAGGUGCGCAUGUUUCUAGACUGGAAUUUUGUGUUUGAUAUCCCUAUGUUUAUGAUGUAUUGAGGAAUUCCUUUAUUUCAGGUGUAAUUAUCACACUGCAGGAUCAAUACGUGAGUCAGACCUCCAGAGAAUAUCUUCGAAAUCUUAUUGAGCAGAUAGAGUACAUUACAGCUCAAGAGCUGCCUUUGUAUACUGUGAUGAGCAUGUUGACGUUGGUAUUCAACACUUCAGAGAAGAUUUUAGAGUCAUCUUCAUCAGAAAACUCAACUGAACUAGCCUUGAUUGGAAACAUUGUGUUAAAAACCAGUGAGAAACUCAUCUCUACAUUAGUGAAGCCGACAGACACAAAUGCCAGUGUCAGUUUUACUCUGGCUGCUGUAGAGGGUCAAGUCUUCAUGGUUGGACCACAGGUCACCUUACAUAAAAUGCCUCGACUUGACACAACAAAUUCUUCUGUGGACAUCGAUCUCAUAGGGAUGUCCAAGAACAACAAUGAAAGAUCAGCUGCUGUGGCUUUCAUGAGCUAUGUCACGAUGGAGAAUCUACUGAAGCCAGACUUCUUCAACACAUCAAAUGACAAAAUUAAAUCCAUGAUGUCCACUGUGAUCUCAGCUACUCUUCCCAAAACCACCAACACUAAACUCACCAAACCAGUCAACUUCACAUUCAGACACAUCAGAGAGUUUGAUCCCAACGGUUCUCUGUCCUGUGUGUACUGGAAUAUCAGCGAGUGGAUUGGAGAUGGUUGUUCUGUUUUAGAGUCCAACAACAGCUACACUGUGUGUUCCUGUGAUCAUCUGUCCACAUUCGCUCUCAUCAUGCAAACCAGCCGCCCACCAGAGAGUCAAACCCCUGGAGAUUGUUUUCAAAAUAUUUUUGAGCAGAUCGAAAACAUCACAGAUCAAGAGCUUCCUUUAAAUACUGUGACAAACAUUUUGACUGUGGCCUUCAACGCUUCAGAGAAGAUUGUAGAGUCAUCAUCAUCAGCAAGCCGAGCUGAACUAGCCUCUUAUGGAAACCGUGUGUUAAAAAUUAGUGAGAAGCUCAUUUCUACAUUAGUGAAGUCGACAGAGACAAGUGCCAGUGUCAAUUUUACUCUUCCUGCUGUAGAGGGUCAAGUCUUUAUGGUUGGACCACAGGUCACCUUAAAUAAAAUCCCUCGACUUGCAAUGACAAAUUCUUCUGUGGACAUCGAUCUCAUUGGGAUAUCCAAGAACAACAAUGGAAGAACAGCUGCUGUGGCUUUCAUGAGCUACGUCACGAUGGAGAAUCUACUGAAGCCAGACUUCUUCAACACAUCAAAUGACACGAUUAAAACCAUGAUGUCCACUGUGAUCUCAGUUACUCUUCCCAAAACCACCAACACUAAGCUCACCAAACCAGUCAACUUCACCUUCAGAAACAUCAGAGAGUUUGAUCCCAACGGUUCUCUGUCCUGUGUGUACUGGAAUAUCAGCGAGUGGAUUGGAGAUGGUUGUUCUGUUUUAAAGACCAACAACAGCUACACUGUGUGUUCCUGUGAUCAUCUGUCCACAUUCGCUCUCAUCAUGCAAACCAGCCGCCCACCAGAGAGUGACUCACUGCUGGAUCUGUUGAAUUUGGUGUGUGUGAUCGUGGGGCUGGUAUUCUUCAGUUUGGCCCUGUUGACCUUUGCCUUUUGUCAGUGGAGCCCUUUAGUGAAUAAUGUGGCUCGAAUCAACAUCUGCAUCAGUCUUCUGCUGGCUCACCUUCUGUUCCUACUCACACAGCCGUUCCUGAGCCUCAUACGGCCUCAGCAGGUGUUGUGUGCAGUGAUCUCAGGCCUUCUGCACUUCCUUUUUCUCUCCGGCUUUGUGUGGAUGUUCAUUGAAGCUGUGCUGCUCUUCAUCUGUGUGAAGAACCUAUCAAAGAUCAGCUCUAAAAAGAGGAUGGUGCUUAGCACUGGAUUCCUUUGUGUGAUUGGAUAUGUGGUUGCUCUGGUUGUGGUGUGUGUGUCUGUCGGUCUGGUUCCUGAAGGCUACGGCAGCAAAGACUGCUGGAUUAAAAUCGAUAAAGGCUUCAUCUGGAGUUUUCUUGGUCCUGUUUGUGUCAUACUAGCAUCAAACACGAUUCUCUUCAUCAACAUUGUCAUCAGUCUGAACUCAGCUCUCAAAAGUCUCAAUGCUGAAGUUUCACAGAUUAAGCAAACCAAGAUUAUGGUGUUUAAAACACUGGCUCAGUUUGUGGUUCUUGGUUGCCCCUGGAUUAUGGGUUUCUUCUCUAAUAACAGUAAAGUGCUGGAGAUCCUCUUUCUGAUUUUGAACUCCCAGCAGGGAACCUUCAUCUUCCUGAUCUACUGUGUCCUCAAUAAUAAGGUCAGGGAGCAGUACAGAAAGUUCUUCAGAUGUCUUUGCUCAAACAACACAGAGGACCACAGCGUCACGUUCAGAGUAAUAACCACUGAAUAAGUAAUAAGUAAUAAAUUCUGCUCAAGUGCCAUUAAUAUACAGCUGAUUUUAUGUAACAAAAUCUAUGUUUUUGUAUGCUAAAUGUUAUAGUCUCAGAUCAUUUCUGCAAAUGAAAGAAAAACAUGUUAUUCUACAUUGUUUUAUUUUAUAGCUUCUUUAUUUAUUUAUUUUAAUUUUUAAAAUUAUUAUUAGGCUAUUAUUAUUAUUGGUGGAGGGUAAAAAGCACAUUAGUUCAAUCCUCAAAACAAUCACAUUUGAAAACUCCAGAAAACUAUUUCAUGUGCGCAUGAUAAAGGGAAAUAAAUUACAUGUAUGGAAACAUACAGUUGUGUGGGAGCAACAAUUUAUAACUUCAAUUAAACAUAGUUACAUCUUUGUUUUUUUGAGCUCAAAAAGCUCCAAACUAAUGAAAGUUUCUUCUAUAAAGGCCCAUUUUACAGUAAAUUAAUAUUGUGCUGUAAUAUAUACAGUAUAAAUAGCAAAAUGUAUUUUCAGGAAUGAGGGACACAUGUUGCAUUGAUAUUGUGAAUUUACACAAUUUAAAACUAAACUAUAAAAAUAAGAAAAUAAACAGCUAA